CGUUUAGGGUAAGUGUGAAUGCACGGGAGCCCACGUGAGCCAGCGCAGGUGUGAUCGUACCUUUAGUGCGAGUGGGUGGCCCGGAGGGGUGUCUUAUCGACCAGGAUACGAAGCUCCGGAGGCUCAGUAUUCGCGGGACCACCACCCCGUCGAAGCGUUCUCUCGUCAGCCGGGAUAUAUACACACAUACACAGUGCUCUUCACGGUGCUACUCGCGGUGCAGCUCCGCUACGUUCGAUUUCUCCGUCUGUCGGGCUCCAAUGUACCGUGCGUCGUGAGAAAGAGUCUUCUCACCUGUGACCGGCGUUUUCCUCGCGAAACGACGCGCCGUUUCUUCACAGAAGCUCGUCGAACGCAAAAUCAUCAAAAUGAUCACGGCGUUGCCAGUGCCCUCGGUGAAGGUCUUCCACAAAACUUACUAUCAGGAAAAAGGAUCCAGGAUAGGGAACAGUCAACCUGGAAGUCCUUUGGCCGAGAAUGAAGCAGUGCUAGCGCUAGUUGACAAAGAACCUCCGGAAUAUUACUUUUGUGGCAAGGUCAAUUCUUUACACGUGGUAGUUGGAUCAUUGCUGUUGGGCGCAGUGGUGUUGGUGGUCGGUCUGGUGCAACUUGCACCUGGUGCAGAAGCUGCACAAAACUCCACCGCCCUUAUCGUCGUUGGAUGCAGUUUGCUGGUGAUUGGUGUGUUCCUCGCGCCUCUCAGAGCUUUGUGCAUCAAGAAACAAAAGGCUGGUCAGAAGGAUGGAACACAUCAAAGAAGUGUUACCAGCAUAGACAUGCUUUUGGCUCAACACAGAGACUUCACAGUGCUGACUCCUGAUGAAUUGGAAGAUCUCGUCGGCCGACCAACCUCCGCCCUGGAGAAUAAAAUCCGCAAACAGGGACACAAUACCUAGGUAUUGUCGGCCUCGAAGAAGGCCCAUUCAUCGUCACCAUCGUGCUCGAACACGCCAUCGUCAUCGACGUCGCCAGGAACUAGCUCAUCCAUUCUCUACACGCAUCGUUACGACUCUCGAGAACAUAGUCUGGUUUAAGCAAGAAUAAAAAAGAAAAAGCAGAAAAAUCGAAAAAGGCGAGAAAAAAGGAAACUGGCGUACGGUCAGCUUGACUUUUUAGAUAAAAUCAAUUUUCGACUAGUGUGCACGUACCAAGAGCUGUUUCUUUCUACGAAGGUUGCACGUCUUGCCUUUAGCUUGGUGCAAGCGGUAUCCCUAAGGCGAUUGAGCGAAACAUCAUGAAUAUCAUGAACGAUUACGUUGCUUUCGUUUGAUAAGCACACGCGAUAGAAUCGUCUACAAACACAUAGUACAUUCUUUACGAUUGAUUGACCGUUGUUGUUGCUUCGUGGACUCGGGUCCAAUUGUUCCGAACACGAAUAAAAGAUCAUGCAGCAGAAACUCGACAUGUGAAUCGAAGAAAAGUCGACGACACCAACAAGGAAGAUAUUAACCGAAGAUGUUGUAAUCUUGACUACGAAAGGGGCAUAACGUGAUGACAAUGAAGGUGAUCAAUUGGGCUUACGAUCCCUUCUAACCGUGAACAUUUUCUUCGUAAAUCGAUUGGACGAAUCGGAGUGUUUGAAAGAAGAAGUUCCAGAACGAAUGGCAUUCAAUUCGCGUAAAAAAGUGAUGCAAAAGAUAAAGCAAAAAGGGACCUAAUUACCGGCUGCCUUCCUUUCAUCGUCGUCCAAAACUCUCUCGGUUCACUGUAGGAUAUUAUUUCCUUAAGCACGUGCGGACUUUACUAUCGUUUCAGAGCAACAGCACACUUAUUUCGAACGAUCCUGUGUACGAAUGUUUUGACUAGAGUAAUCGUGUAAUGUAUUUCAAGUAUAGCUAAUCCCGUGAUCGUUCGUUGGCUCGCAAAAGCGUCGAGAAUUGCGAAAACAGACCCGAUGCACGCGAAUUACGUUUCAGCUGAGUCUUUGCACCACUUGUCGUUUGAUAAGGGUAAGAGUAGAGUUUCAACAUGACGAAAUCGACUCGUACGCGCGAAUCUCAAGAGGAUCUGCCUUUUGGUUAUACUCGUUGAAGACUAUACCAAUGACGAAACUAGUCUUCCCUCGAACGAACACAGCAGAAUACAUUCGUCGUCGAGGAGUCUAGCUUAUUUGUUCGUGUAGAAAUCUUCGAAGAAUCUUCGACAAAGGAAUGAUCGGAGAAGAUUUGUGUAGAUGGCUGAUCGAAUUGUCAUCAGGAACAUCCGAAGGCUGCUUCACGGCUAACGAUCACUGAAAGUUUUCGAUUGUUCGGAACACCGUUUACCACAAGAGACCAAAAAAGCAAUUUCGUUCGAGACUUCAUUGUGUUCAAAUCGCCAAGAUACAAGUCUGACUUUCAAGUACGUUAACCGUUUAAACGUUAUUAGAAAAAGAAACAUUUAAAUAAAAAUAUAGAUCGAUCGGUCGACGUGCCGUCGCGGACAAAAAAAAAAAAAAGAAAUCAUAUAUCGUAAAGUUUUUUGUAUAAAAAUUUAGAUUAAUUAUAGCACUUGAUUACUUCAUUGCAACUGAUCACUUCACGAAAUGAAAGGAUGGGACGAAGAGGAAGGGACAAGAAGAGGGUAAAAGAAGAACGAAACGCGAAGGAAAAGAGCAGUAAAUAAGUUUCAUGCAUUUGAUGGCGCGUGAUGUUUAGAAUUUAGCGAUUUGGAAACGAUCAAGCGAGCCAAGUAAGUAGCUUGGAGCGGCCUUGUUACAGUCAACAGACACCCUGCAGAUACUCGGAAAAUAUUUUUAGUCGGGACCUGGUGCCCGUCCACUUGCCAGUAAUACGUUUAAGUGAAUAAACUUUCACACUAUAAGUAUCUAUCACCGCAUGAUGUAUUUGCACAUAUCUUCGACUAUUAAGUAGUAGCUGUAAAAAGAUUUGGAAGAAUUUGGGUAAACGGAGAGGAAUAUGUAUUUGUAUGCACGAGACAGCGUGACGAGAGUCGAUAUCUCGAAAAAAGAACUUCUUAACUGAUGAAAAUGUCAUAUCUAAUUAAGCGACUAAUUCUCGAAACAAGGAUUAACUUGCGAACGAACUAGAAAUUAUUUCAUUCAACCAUUAUGUAGAUAAUAACGAUAUCAUACCUAGAAUUAAUUUGCAUAGUUUCUUUAAACAUCCAUCUGCUCCUCUAAAGCCACACGAAACUAUAUAGCCGUACACAUGUAUACCGCGUAAACGGAGAACAACAGUUAGUUUCAGAUAUCGAGUUCCUGCUAAAUUAUCGCUAAAAUAUCUUGUCGACACUGUUUGUGUUCGAUGAGAUACGUUUCGAACAAGAAAAACGGUAAUUAAGGCGAGAAAACAAGUAACGAGAACGAAAAUGAAAAGAUCUACGGUCUCGUAAAUAUUUGAAUAGUUUAAAAUAACGAAAAAAGAAAACGAUUACUGAGCCGACCUCACCCGGGAUACUUUGCGAACGUUCUAAUAAGCUAGUGAAUUUUACGAGCUGCGAUAUAUUUCAUAAAAUAUUUUUAUGGUCGACAAAUACCAUGAGAGAGUUUAAGGAACAAAGCGAGAGGAAAGGUUCGCGAUAUACAUACAUAUACAUACGUGUUACGUAUACACGUGUCUUUUAAAUUAGUAAUUCAUUUCGCGGACAUUUGUGUACAGAUAUACAUAUAUGAUAAUUGUGUACUGUACUUAAAUCAUAUCAGCAUUGUUAGGUGUUUCAUUCGGACACCGUUUCGUUGAUUCUCGCGGCGCACGUUUCUAUGAUUUCGAGCAUCGUUCUCCAGCGAAAUUCUCCUCGCGGUUCACCAAAAACGGUUUCAAUGUCGUAUCAUAAUAAUCGUGGCAUGAUAGAAACGAAUGUAACGCGGUUCAUCUACCUGACACCCGUUAUACGAGAUCGUGGAACACGGUAAUAUAUUAUUCCGUUCCAUGAAAUAACUAUAGAGAAAUUCGUGGUUUUCAUCGAUCGUGGAAAGGCGAUUCGAAGGAAAUUCGAUCAUAAAUUGAACGUGUCGUAGCCGAACAAUGAGGCCGCGAAUGCUGAAACAUACCAGAAAACGAAUAUUAAUAAAUUAUGUGCUUCAUAUUACGAAACAUAAAUCGAUGUUUAGGCUUAGUCCAUAGGCGUUAAGGCUGCUCGUUCGUUUGUUAAAGAAAUGAUGGAGUGAACGAGACUCUCGAAGAGCGAUUAAAAAUAUUGUCGAAUUUAGGAAUAAUUGCUCGAGAAAAAACGAUCGUAUCGAUCCCAGAAAGGCUGUUAGAAUCAUAUUACAUUUUCUAUUUCAUGCGCAUAAUUAUAAAUGAUAAUUCACAUUCGAGGAUUCGAUUCUCUAUACACGCCCAGACUAUCGUAGACGAUCGUUUCCUAAUAAAUAACUAAGAAAUAUUAGAUUCAUCAAAUUUUUACAAAUUUUAGUCCGAUUUAAUAUUAGAAUACGCAUUAAUAAUAAUCUUCCGAUAUCGAUCAAUUCAAUGGAAUAAUACUAUUACCAUACAAAAUUAAGAAGUUAUACAUAAUAAUUUCAGAUAGAUAAUACCAAAAAGUACUUUAUAUAUACAUAUAUGUAAAAAAGAUCGUAUAUUAACGUUAAAUUUUAGAAACCUUUACUGGACAAACAGAUUUCUGUUUAAAUCCUGUUUUUUUACACACCCUCUAUAUAGGUAUGCAUUUGUAUAAAUAUCAGCAGUCUAAUUAUAACAUUUCUAAACAGCUUAAAAUCCAAUGUAUUCAAUAAAUUUCAAUUAUAAAAGUAAUCUAUAUGUGGCGGUCGUGAGAUUCAUAAUGGUGUGAAUCAAGAUUUCGGAGAUCUACAUUUAGUAUGCAAGCAUCUCUUAAAUGUAUCGUUUCUUUAGUAUCCUAAUUAACGAAGUUAUAACUUUGUUCCCUCUUGCGAUACAAUUUCACGACUUGAAGAAAUAUAAAUUUGUUAUUAUAGUAAAAUAAUAGAUUGAUUUGCACCAUUAUGAUUCGCAUUGAGCUCUCCGUACGAUUCAAGCGAAUAAAUAUCAUAUCCAUAGUAUAUGGUCUCCUUCAACAAUAAUUGUUUAAUAUUUUAUUCGUGUAAUACCGAUCGAUAACUACUAUUUUCUGGGCGUACAGAAUGAAUCCAGGCACACGAACAUUGCGAAAAAUCUAUCGUUCGAAAUUUUUACCGAUUUUCUCAUUGAUGGCUAACGAUAACGAUGCGUAUGGUGUUGUGAAUUCCUGCAACAAGAAAGAAAGACAAUUCACGCUUAACAGCGUAAUGAACGUUUAAAUAGCGUUACGUCAUCUUUCAUUGAGAAUGGAAGUGAAUGGAACAGCUUAAUUGAUCAGCAUUUGUUUACGUGAAAAUGUCAUUAAAUUAUUACGGUCGAUCUCGUUUUCAAUCAUCGCUAAUAAUCGUAAACAUAAUGACGUAAGAUUAAACGAUAACACUACGUAACUAACGUAAGUUACUAUAAGUAAUGAAACAUAGAACGUGGAUAGACGAGGUAGCAUUCAUUUCGAGUAAUUCUCGAGCAACAAAUUCGCGCCUGCAAAUCUUUUCCUUUCGUUCACGGACAAUAGUCGUGGUUUCGGAACCAUAUCUUUUUUGGUCCUCGAUUAAGGAAACGAACGCUGAACAAGUUACGUCAAUGCUCUGUCACAACACCUUAACAAAAUAUUCAACAGCAACGUCCUCAUUAAUGUCAAAUUUCGCGAUCUAAUAGAGAGUUAAGAGAAAUUAAUGCGUAUGUGAUAACGAACCAUUUAAUUAUACAUGAUAUCGAUUUCGUCUUAUGAUUUAUACGAUCGGCGUUCUGUCUUAUUAAUUAAGGAUCAACAAAGGGUAGAGCGUACGUUUCUUCUUUUUUGCAACGAGCAAUGAAUUUCGAAGGAAACAUAUCUAUCGAACAAGCGAUACGUAGAUAACUAUUUUUUCAUUGCCAUUAGUAUAUACAGCAGAAUGAAGUAAAAAAAAGUGUAAGA